GACACUUGACACAAAGUAAGCGGAGGAGGGGUAUUGCUGGAUUUCGUGUUCCCGUGUUGCCUCUACCUCUCCCUCGAACGACUGGGUUGUUGCCGUGAGACGUGCUUGGAUCGUCGGUUCGCUUCGGGAAGAACAGCAAGAGGCAGAGGAACCGAAGGACGAGGAGAGCGGUUCGGGACGGUGUGGGAAACGAGGGAAGCACCGCUGGGGUGUUUGGGAAAGGGCGCACCGACAGAACGGCGUGGACAGCUCCUCCGGCCGAGCAGGAGGAUGCUUCCAGAUGACUCCCUCUUUCUGGGCAGGUCACUGGCGACGGAGUGUACUACUGUCGUCAUCUCCAGCGCGGGUGAUGAGUCGAGGUCGAUGCCCGUGGACCUCAGCGGGAUGUAUUACGACGUGGGCAUGACGUUGGACAACAGGCCGGUGUUCUUCAGUACUAACGACACCGCCACCAGCGAGAGCGUCAUGUACUGGACGGGCGGGGUGUCGAUCGCCAUUGAAGGAGAACCGGAUUUCGGCAGGCAGCGCCACCUCACCAACAACGCACAACCAAGGGGCGACAACGACGGCGACGCUCUGGCGCUAUCGGCGCGCGGGCGCGGAGGAAGCGUGGCUGCACGGGAAGAAGAGGGUCGCGCUCUCGCUGCGUGCGAUAGCGGCGGCUGGAUUUUGCGGGAAAGCGAUGGAGGUUACCCCGCCUACAUGGUCUUCGACUGCGCCUCCCAUCCGGUUGACAUCUCCAGCGGGGUGUGGUACAAGAUCCCAUCCAGAGGCGACUCCGCGGAGACGAUGGAUGCUUCCUUCGCCGCGGUGUGUUUGAAUUCAGAGAACAACGACGGACCUAGCCCGGCGUCGAGCGAAAUGACCAACUCGCCUGCGGUCGAGAUCGUGGGCUUCGCGACGGUCUCUCCGGGGGCCACGGUAGAGGUGGAAGACGUGUUCGAUCGAGGGUCUUCAUCCUCCAGCCCCGGUGUCGAUGACCCUCUCGGAUGGCUCGCGUCGACGGUGGGAGCGUCAUCGUCCAGCCGAGGAGGCCUCACGUCGAGCGGAGGAAGCGUUUUGGGUCAAGAUACCGUGGAAAGCGACGAUUCCGGCGUGGUCACCGGGCUGUUCAUAUCGACCGGAAUAUUUGUGGCGGUCGUAGCAGGCGCGGUCAUCAUCUUCAACAUCGUCCGUCGUCGUAAGCAGACGCAGAGCCCGUCUCGUCGCAUCGUCACGCCCUCGACCAACGCUACCAACGUUGUUGCUGGUGGAAAUGCCAGUGGCGGCGGCGGCGGCGAAGAGAAGACGGGGACAGUGGAGGAUGCGGUGGCCAUCGAUAUCGGUACCACCGCCGAUGAAAAGACGGAGGAAGUGCUUGACCGCCCGGAAGGCGGCCACGGCCUCGCCGUAGACCCGAAACGGAGGUUGCCGGAACAACCACAGGAUGACAAACAACCGCCCGCUGUCGUCGCCGACAAAAAAACGGAGGAGUAAUUAGUAGAGAUGGUGAUUGCCGAAACAGCCAAACAGCAUGACGAACAACCGCCUGAUGUCGUCGCCGACAAGAGUAGCGGCCGAUGCAACGGCGGGGAGGCAUUGAUAUCAAUCACCGGUGGCGUCGCCGGGCGCCGCGGGGGCAGCUCGAAUUUUUGGUCUUGUGAAACCGGAGCUAUAUCGAGAAGACAGGUUGAGGCGUUAGCCAACCAAGCCUCGGGGGAGAAAUAACUAAGUAAAUACGAGCAAUGUCGACUUGAUUCUCCCGACCUUGACGCACUGGCGUAGAAGGCAGUAACAGCAGCAGCACCACCAAAGCGAGAGGGCGUCGAAGAAGUUGACUAUCUGGACUGUUGCUUGUUUGGGCAAUUUCACAACUUGUAUAUUUCGGGAAAUGUUUCAUGUCAGGAACGCUCUUUGCCAGGAUCGUAGGAGGCGCUGAUCCCCACCCCGUAUCCAACGGUGCAUAGCGUCUAUAGGCCACGGGACGAAGGAAUAUAUGAGAAGGGCUUGCGUAGUAGAUUGGUGCCGUAGAACAGCAGGGGAAUGUACUGUGUUGUCUUUUCAGAGAACCUCGCAUUUCACUCGCGUUCAUUCCUGGGGGCGUCCUGCUUUUUUCCGUGUCGUGGUUUUUGCUUCAAUAAAACUAUGUUUCGUUGG